CUGAUUUCAAAUAAGCUAAGAGCUAAUAAUGCAAUUGAAAAAUAAUUUUACUUUUAAUUCAUUAUGUUUUCAAAUAAUAAUUGUUUUACGUAUUUAUAUAAUUUUUUGUAAUUCGCAGGUUUCACUCCAGACCGAUGAAGACAUUUUAAAAUUUGAAGAAGAGGCCCAUUUACGUAUUCAGAAAGGAGAACUGCAAAAUAUUGAUACUGAUCACCUAAUAUUGUUUUUUUACAAUUCUUCAUCGAAUGAUUUCACUUCAAUACCCUCAACAAAGAUAGAAGCAAUAUUAGAACAAGAAUAUUAUGAUCCUACAAAAAACAUUUUAAUAUACACUGUUGGUCAACGUACGGGACACAAUGAUCCACGUGUCAUGCAUGUGAUUAACCAUUUCAUAAAAACAAAAAAAUAUAAUGUUAUAUUCUUGGAGUAUCUUUAUUACGCUCCCGAUGUGUAUUAUACCUUCAUUAACUCACGUUAUGUGGGGCGAGCCUUUGCUGGUUGUCUAACAAAAUUCAUUCGAAAUUAUGAAAUAUCACCCGAUCGGAUAGAAUUGCAUGGGCAUUCUGCUGGUGGAAUUGUUGUUGCAGAAAUAGCAAAAGUAACUCAUCCAAAAAUUGGUUUAUUGGUGGGCAUAGAUCCUGGAAGAUGUGGUGGAUUAUUUAGACGUGGGUAUGCACAGCAUACAAUCUCUUUGCGAUCUGAUGCGCAAUACAACAGUGAUAUUGUAUGGGAUUCAGACACUGAAAUCAUUUUGAAUAACGGAUUAAGAAUACAGCCUGGUUGCGAGGAAGCAACACCAGAAGAAUCUUGUAGUCACGUUAUAUCGAUGUUUCACUGGAUGUAUAUGGUCAGUAAUCCAGAAUUGUUCUACGGUGUUGAAUGUAACGAAAUAAAAUGUAAUUAUUCAUCUAUAGUUACCAACAUAGGACCGGACUUUAGGCAAAAAGGAACAUUUUAUUUACGAACACUACCAGUUGCACCCUAUGGAAUGGGAUUACAAGGUGUGAAAAAUAUUAUUCCAACACAAAAUAGUACGUUUGCAUACAAGACUUAUUAUGUAGAUCAUGGUCAAUACUUACCAGCAAAUUACGAUAUGUGUCUUAACCUUGGUAACUAAAUGGUUAUUUUUAAAAAAUUUUUAAUAUUAUUUUAGGAAUAUGUA